AAGCCACUAUCCGUGUCUGACCCGACCCGUUGGAUCCCUAAUUGCCGAGAAGGCGCUGUAAACCCGUGCACUGUGUCCCGAGUCCAGUCCAUUCGUCACUCCCCCAUGGCUUCAGCGGAGCAGCCUCUGAAGAAGCGAAAGCUCUACGAGCCUUUACCAGAACCGCCACCGUCUUCGCCGCCGCCGGAAUCCGAAGCAACCCCUCCCUCUCCGCAAACCCUACCUACGCCGUCCACUCCCUCGCUGUCUCAGGAGGAUAUUCUCGCGAAGCGGCGGAACAAGGAUGAAAUUCGAAGCGUGUACGAAGGCUACAAGCGGAUUAAGCGUUGCUUGCUUCGGAAAGACGCUCGCUCCUCCAUGUCUGAACUCGAACAGAGUUAUCUCGCUCUCAUCACUUCUUCCAGAGGUUGUAUGCGUGUACAAAGAAUUGUGGCAGAUCUUAUUCCUCGGUACGCAUGUCACUGUCCAACUGCUUUGGAAGCUGCAGCUAAAGUUGUCAUUAAUAUGCACAACUUGAGUUUGACAUUGAUCAGCAGAGGAGAGGAUUCCAGUGGUAUUGCAUUUGAAACUGCUAGAGCCUGUAUUUGUGGCCUAGCUGAUGUUUGCUGUGUUGCUUCGUCGGUGGCGCCAACAUCAGCUGUAAUUAGAGGAAUUUGUGCAGCAGUUUUUCAGAAUGUGCUCACCUUUUUUAUAGCCUUAUUUGAAGGAAAGGAUGUCUUACAGAUGGUUGACAAGAAUUUUCUGAAUAUGCAAGAUACCCCUGAGGCCUUUUCUGAGUUGAAACAAAAGGUUUUAGAUGAAGAUGAAUCUUCAUUGACUAAACUGUCCAAGUUGCGUGUGUUAUGUUUACUUUGGAUAUUCUUCUCUUGUCCAAAAGAUUUGCUUGCAGCUUGUUUGGAUCUCUUAGGCUCUGCCACAAAAGAGGGAACUAAUGACGAAGGACAGCAUUUUCUGAGCCUGGUGACUAGCACAUUUGAUGAUGAUAAGGCAGUUCAUCUUUUGGAAAGAGCAAUUGGUGGACCUAAAUCAUGUACAGAUUCUAUUGGGUCAGGCAUCAGAGACAAUGAGGCUGGUGAGACCAUUAUGACUGAAGACAAACAUGCUUCUGGUGGUGAUUCAUCUGUUGGCAAGAGCUGCUUGCUUAUACAGGUCCUUAACAAGGACCCCUCACUGCUGAAAUGGAUGUUGUGUAGAUGUAAGAAGUUACUUGACUUGCUCUCUAAUGCAUCGUUGGAAAUUGCAUCACUAGUGCGAGGAAUUCUUGGAAUGUUUCCUCAGCAAACAGAUUUGGAGGACUGUCAAGCAGAUAGUGAUGAAGAUAAAUCUGAUUCUUCAAUUUACAUGAAUAGCAACUACAUUGUUCCUAGGAUCUCUGAGGAACAUGAAAGCAUUGGUGAAUCAUCUGUAAAAGGCAGCAGUUUGAGAGUUCAUGUUGGUUCUUCUAAUGAUGAUUUUACUGAUAAGGUUUCUGAUAAAUAUGUGAUGGCUCAUAGCUCUGCUGUUUCUCUUGACCAUGCUCCUGCAUUAAAAGUGGGUUUGCUUUAUGAUAAUGGAGUCUCAAAGCCCAUGAGCAUUGGGGUGGGGGAGGAUGGGAAUAUGCCCACACCUAGGGACUCGAUAAGCCAUCAAAUGUUCUCACCUGCAGUUAGAACACCAGUAAACUUUAGGAGCAAUUCAUUUGAAGGUAGAAAUGAUUUCCUGAAUGUAGAGAAAAAUCAAGUCUUAAAUUUCAAUUCACCUCCACUGGGAUCCUCUAGUGGAUCUGUUAGUAAUUCUUUGGCAUCUCCUAAUCAUCAUUUUAUGUCACCAUCUGCUUCAACAAAAGGUCAAAUUGUCUGGUGCUGUGAUGGGGAUCCUGCAGCCAUGGGUAUUGUCUCUGCUUCUAAGCAGCUAUGGAUAGGUUAUGUAGGUCCUGAUGUGCCUGAAAGUCAUAUUAGGUUUCACAUAGAAAGGUUUGGUCCUGUUGAACAAUUUAUUUUCUUUCCAGUAAAAGGAUUUGCCUUGGUUGAGUACAGAAGGAUCGUUGAUGCAAUAAAAACUCGACACUGUUUACCUGGAUGUUUUCCUUGCCAUGUAAAAUUCAUGGAUAUAGGACUUGGCACUAGGGGUGCAAUGAAUGGUGUUGCAGUUGGCUCUAGUUCUCAUAUUUAUGUUGGAAAUAUUCCCAGUCAAUGGGCCAAGGAUGAGAUCAUGCAUGAAACAAGGAAGGUGAUCCACAAGGGUCCUCUUGCAUUCAUCGAUCUUAGCUGUGAGUUUGCAUUACUUAUGGAAUUUGAAUCUCCUGAAGAAGCUACAACUGUCAUGUUGCAUUUGAGACAACUCCGAAGAGAAAGAAGUAACCACAACCAGCAUUUUUGUCCAGGAACAGUUAAUGUUGGAAUUGGGCAUGCUUAUAUGGAUGGUGCAAGGCCUAUACCUGCCCCUCCCCCUCCCCAUCUUGACCUUAAAGUUAACAACCCUGCUGGAUCACCUCAUGCUCGAACUCUAUCAGGGAGCCCCGCUGAUAGCAGUCAAACAAGGAUAUCUCACUUGUCCACCUUACUUGCUUCAUUGCACACAAAGUAUAAUAUUAAUCAAAACCUAGGUCUCAAUGAUAAUUAUAUGACUGGAAAUAAUUGUCCUCCCAUGCGUGAGGAAGAUAUGGUUCCAUCCAGCACUCUGUGCAUAACUAUUCCACGUAGUAGCUCUUUGUUCCUCACAGACGAUGAGUUAAUGGCCAUUUGCAAUCUUGCCAUUGGAAACACUGGAUCCAUUGUGCAGUUGACACAAGCAAACAUGCAGAUGGGAUGUAGUUGGUUUGUUGAAUGUAGUAAUGUUGAUGGUGCAGUUUCUGUUCUAAAGAAUCUCCGUGGUUGUCCAGGAUUGUUCUUUCAGAUAGAAUUCAGCAAACCUGGACAUCAGAAUGCUGUACCAUUUUCAGUUAAACCAGAGAACAAUUCAAUGGAGCUUGUAUCCCCCAGAAUAAAUUCAGAAAAUCAUACUAGUGGAAUACAGGGUGCACCUCUGCUUCAGUCAAACUGGCACUUUCCUGGUUCUACAGAGAUGUCAGAGGUUGGAGCAAGGAAACCUGAUGGUUAUGAUAAUUUGUCACAGGAUCCUCAUCAAGGAGGUAAUGUUCCGCAUUCAUACUCUGGAGCACAUGGACCUUCCAUUCCACCACCACAACAAAUUCAGUCAUUUCCUUUUGUACACCCUGUUUAUGUUCCUCCAAAUGGUCCAUGGGAUUGUCAGGGAAUAAAUAAUCAUUUACCUGUCGGCCAAUUCAGGACAGGAGUAAUGCCAAAUCAUUUUCAUGGUAAUGCUGUUGUCAGUCCUUUUAUUCCUGCUUCAGUAACUCCACUUGCUCAGAUACAAGGAACUCCAAUGCAUCCUUAUAACCAGCAGGUGCCUCCAUCAAUUAUGCCACCACCUUUGUCAUCCUUGCCACCUCCUCAGCCUGAAAUGCCACCUCCACUUCCUCCUUCUCCACCACCUUUACCCCAGGUUCAGCCACCCUUGGUUCCUCCACUGCCUAGUUCUCCUCCUCCCCCUCCUCCUCCGCAACUGCCUGUUCAAGAACCAGUCAAUAUGGAAUGUUCAGGGCAGUCCUUGCAGUAUCAAUGGCAGGGGAAUCUCUGUAAAAGCGGGGUUAAUUACUGUACAAUUUAUGCAAGCAAAGCAGAUUCAAAUAUUUGUCGAUAUUCAAAUGCCAUACCUGAGCCUGCCGAGUGGCCCUCAAAAUUAGACAUGACAAAACGAACAGAUCUUCGACAUGUGAAAUCAACAUUUGCUGCUACUCCAUCUCAUAGAAGGGAAGUGUGCCGUUUGAUUCCAUCUUCCUCUAGUGACCACAGAAGGUUUCAGGAUUUCAUAUCAUACUUGAAGCAGAGGGAUUGUGCUGGGGUUAUUAAAAUCCCAGCUUCAAAAUCCAUAUGGGCAAGGUUGCUGUUCAUUCUCCCCCACUCAAUUGAAACGUGCUCUUUGCUUUCUAUUGCACAUGAUCCGUCAGAUUGCCUCAUUGCUUUGGUUCUUCCCAAAGAAACAAACUUUGACUGGAUAUAAUAGGUGUACUUUAUCAAAAAUAAAAUCAUAGAGCUAAGCCGGCAGUGGAGCUGAAGGCACAUUUUGUAUGCCCGGAAUAUAUGUAAAUAUUUUAUGCUGUUUGCUUUUGUAAAGUUUCUUUCUGGUGAGUAGCAGACACGGAAAUUUGGGGUUUGCCUAGGUGUAUUUCUGUUUGUUGUAGAUCUACUGAUGCUGAUGUGAUUUUUUUUUUUGUAGAUCCAAAAAAAAAAUCCCUCCAUGUUGGUCUACAAUCUGCCGAACUCUUUCUUCAGCUGAAUAAACUCAAAUUACUUCCCAAUUGUAUCGGUCAAUAUCUAUCUACACGAUUCUAAAUUUUGAU